AUUAAGUAAAAUAAUUUUUUUGAAUAUUAAAAAAACUCUCUGGCGAUGAAGACGGCGAUUUAGGGCACCAAUGCCUUCACGAAGAUGGGAUCCGGGGAUUCGGGUUGAAGGUUGUUUUGCUACGAUCUGGCGAGAUCAUGUUACUGAUUCGGGGAAUCAAGAUUAUCUUUUGGUUAAUUUGGGGAGGGAUUUUGGCAUCGACAAAGGAAUUUACGGGAGUUUAAGGAAACUCUGGAUUGAGUGUCAAUGGUGGUGGAUUCAGAUUAACUCUCAGAUCGAAUCGCGGAUCUAUACAGAGUCAGCUAUUGAAUCACGGUGAGGAUCUGAGGAUCGGUGAGAGCACUCGCAAGCGAUUGAAGAUCUCGGUGGCGCAUUUUGACAAUUCGGCGCUGAUCAAAACCUACGCCAAAACGUUGAUUGGGAGGUGUAUGAAUCCGGAUGAACAAGAGAUGAACGCGUUGUUCACAAACCUUCUGAAGAUUUGGAAAUUGGAGGAGAGGGUCACGGGAACUGAUUUGGGAUUUGGGAAAUUCCAGUUCGACUUCAGGACUGAAGAGGAACUCGAUGUGGUGCUGAAGCACCAACCUUACCACUUCGAUUACUGGAUGCUCUCCUUGGCGAAGUGGCAACCACGACAGUCAAGGUCUUUCCCUUCAGAGAUCAUGUUCUGGAUUAAAGUCAUUGGGAUACCGCUUGAAUUCAGGACGGUUCCUACCUUUGAGAGUAUUGGAGGCGCUUUGGGACGGGUGGUUGCGGUGGAUGCGGUUCAUAAUCGGGUCCAAGUGGUGGUGGAUGCUUUCAAGGAGCUGUGCUUUGAAACUACAGUAGAUUUUAAAGGUGGAGAGUUCUAUGAUGGUGAGGAAGCGGCGGUGUCACUGCGAUAUGAGAAACUUUUUGGUUAUUGCAAGCUUUGUGGCAGUCUAUGUCACAAGGAUGAAUUAUGUCCACUUGAUGUGAAGAACUCAAAGAUCAGUCCAGAGCGGAAAAGAGAAACCAGAGAAGGCACUGGGGUCUGGCCUGAUGGGAAGCACUAUGAUGAUAGAGCUAGAAGCUAUAAAGGGGUGGUCAUAAAUGGCAAUAUGGGUCCACAAAAUAAGGAAAGAGAUAAUAGGGAGUAUUACGGGAAGGGUAAGGGCAAGAUGCAUGAAGAACCAGAUUCUAAAUGGGUUAAGGUCGCGGAACGAGGAUCCCGGAGACCUCCUAAUCAUCAUGGAAACUACAGAGGAGAUAGUGAGAGCUCUCGGUACAAGAAUGCACGCAGAGGAGAUGGGAGGAGGGGUGUUACAGGGGGAGAAAGCGGGGUUUAUGAGGUACAAACUAAACUGUCUUCAGCGCAGGCACGUGAAGCGCAAAGCCAGAGGUUUUUCCCUCAGGAAAUUCGAGAAGAAGGUGAGAUUAAGAGUACUGAUACUGGGGACGUGAAUUUGGCGUCUGCAGGAUUCCAACUAGAGCUCGCUAAGCCCAGGCGGAGGCAACAGAGGGGAUUAUGGAGACUAUUGACGUGGAAAAGGGUUUACUUGAGGUGCAAGGAAUGGUGGAGAAGCAGGAUGAGUUAACAGAUGAUGUUAUGAAGGAUAUUGACAAGGAGAUGGAUGCUAUCAAUGCUAACCUUUUGAAGAAUGGUAUGGAUUUGGAGGCAGAGGACGAGUUUCAGACCCUUUCGGAGGAGGAAGCGGAGCAUGCCUCUGGGGAUCAGAUAGUGCAAGUUCACGCACAGGAGGGGGAAGAAUUGGGUAAUGGUGAUGUGGUUCUCAAUAAUGACACGGGGACAGGGGAUAUGGGGACAAGGCAAACCUCUCGUAAGCGCUUAUUCAAGCCUACUAUUAGCACUGCCGGGAGCAAUAAGAUGAGGACGGCGAGCGCGCUUCUCUCUCCACGUAAAAAAGCUGUGGUAAAAGGGGGUUCUCGCCAGGGAGAUAGCAGCAAGCAUCUGGACAAUAAGGGUCCUUCAAACCCGAAAUCAGCUAAUUUGAAAUCCUAAAUUUUAUGGAUAAAGAGUUUGCAAUAAGAUUUCUAAGAGUAUGGGUUUUUGCGGUUGUGUUCUUAAUUAUUAUAAUUCAUGUCUUGAGUCUGUUUGGUUUAUUUGUUUUUCAUGGGAUUAGGGAAAAAGCCUUUGUGUGUUUCUAUUUGGUUUCGGUCAAACUCUGGAAUAAAACUAUCUUAUUAUGGUUAUGGUUACAUGUA